AUGAAAGGAAGGCACUCACAUUCACAACGUGUGCGUAAAGAGAGCGAGAAACGGUGUGUGGGUUCCCGGUAAUCCGGAGGCGACAAGGCACGGACAUCUAAAUAGGGGUAUUUCCUUCAUUUCACUCCUCACCCUGUUGCCCCACACUUUCCAUCCAACCAACAAUGGCAGAUGUAACCACCUACCUCCGCCACCACCCCGACUCCGACCCCAACCCCAACCCCAAUCCCAACCCCAACCCCAACCCCGACGACGACCAAACCCUAAUUCCCUUUCCCUAUUGGGAUUUGGACUUCGAUUUCGACCCCGAAUUCCCCUCAAACACUCUCUCCUUCACCGACCGCGAAAAUCAGGUCAAUUUCAUCAUGGAUCUCUUCCACCAGAGCGUGGAGCAGUCGCAACUCACCGAUCCUCUCUCCAACGACGCCGUUUUCGGCGCCAUCGAUGGAAUCGAUUUAGGUUUCCCCGCCGCUGACGACUUCUUCGUCGGACAGAGAUUCUCCGUCGGAUCCGACGAAUCGCACACUCACCCACACACGCUCGCGGCGAACGACGACGGCGUCCUAGGGUUCUGCGCGCAUUCCAACGAAAACGACGACGUUGCAAGCAUCCCUCUCUGCUGGGACGCGCUUCAAUUAGAAGAAAACAACAACAACAACAACACCUACGAGGAUUUCGAGUGGGAGGAAGUGAUGGACGAGAGAGACGUUAUCAGCAUGCUAGAUGACACCGUUUCCGUUUCCCUCGGAAUUGAAGAGGAAACAGAAGCAGCAGCAGCAGAAGAAGAUGCAGAAUCUGAAGUCAGCAUUUUGGAGUGGCAAGUUUUAUUGAACUCCACCAAUUUGGAAGGACCGAAUUCGGAGCCUUAUUUCGGAGAUAGCGAGGAUUUCGUUUACACCGCGGAGUACGAAAUGAUGUUCGGGCAAUUCAACGACAAUGCAUUUAAUGGGAAACCUCCGGCCUCCGCCUCCAUCGUGAGGAGUCUUCCGUCGGUGGUUGUGACCGAAGCUGACGUGGCAAACGACAACAACGUGGUCGUCGUCUGCGCGGUUUGUAAAGAUGAGUUUGGUGUUGGGGAAGGGGUGAAGGUGUUGCCGUGUUCGCAUCGUUACCAUGGGGAGUGCAUUGUGCCGUGGUUGGGGAUAAGGAACACUUGUCCCGUUUGUCGCUAUGAGUUCCCCACUGAUGAUGCUGAUUAUGAGCGGAGGAAAGCGCAGAGAUCUGUAAUGUGAUGAUGAUGGUGAUGGGGUUAUUAUUAGGGUCAGUUUUUUGACUUUCAGUAAUAGGGUAAUGGAUGAAAACUUGAAAAAGUAUAGAUUUUUUUUUUGCUGCCGAAGAAAUUGUGCUUUUUAAUUUUAAAAAAAAUUGAGUCUAGGGAAUGAUGUUUCUCUUUGAAUUGUACUUUUUGGGAUACAUCACAGAAAUGAAUCAUUUUUCCAUCAUGGAGUCUGUGUUUGUUUGUGAUUUCUUCAUAUUCUUGUUCUUAUGGAUUGCUCUGCUGCUAUCUUGUGUCGUUCUGGGUUACGGGCAGAUUGGAACUCUGUGAAAGUGUUAGCAGGUUCCUUUGACGGAUUUUAUA